AUGAAACGCAGUAACGAUUACGGAAAUCAAAGUCACGACAAUAUUAAAAAACCACGUUUCGGACAAGGAUAUAGCAGUAGCGGUGCUUAUUCUUUGGCAGGAGGCAUGAGAAGCGACCUUAAUCAAGGAUCUUCAAGUGAUUUAUAUUAUCAAAAUCCUCCCGUGGGUCCAUCUUCAAUGAUGUUAGGUACACCCUCAUAUUCUCAAGGUACUGCGGGCUUUCACCAUCCUGGACACUCAACUGGUCAUUUUGCUAGCAUGAAUGCAUAUCAUCAGACUCCAAGCCAGUAUGCUACUUCUAUGAGCCAGUAUACCCCUAACGUUAGUAGUAUGGUCCCUCAAUUUACUAGUGCUUUUUCUGGUGCCCAAUAUCCGUCAUCUUACCAACAGACAGCUGUUACUAGCGCUACUACGAACGCAACAGGCCGUACUGUUUACCUAGGAAAUCUUCCACCAGACGUACAGUUUGAAGAAAUGUUAAACCACGUAAAAGUUGGACCAAUAGAGUCGGUUCGGGUCCUUAGUGAUAAAAGUUGUGCCUUCAUUUCUUUUAUGGAUGGUGCAGCCGCUAUGGCAUUUUAUCAAGAAGCCACAAGUAGAAAAAUUGUUUUACACGGUCAAGAACUUAAAGUCGGUUGGGGAAAGCCAUCACCUGUUCCUGUGAAUGUCCAAGUAGCUGUUACCACUCAAAGCGCUACGCGUAACGUUUAUUUGGGAAAUUUGGAUGAGUCAAUAACCGAAGCUACUUUACGUGAGGAUUUGAGUAAAUAUGGACCUAUUGAACAUGUCAAAAUUGUUAGGGAAAAGAAUAUCGGAUUUGUUCAUUUUUUGAGCAUUGCUAGUGCCAUGAAAGCCGUACAGACACUUCCUACCGAUUCUAAAUAUUCCAACAAGAAAGUUAAUUAUGGAAAAGAUCGAUGUGCUCAAAGAUCCAGUAUAGGAAAUGGUAAUGCCACUCAGUACACGUUUCCAACAAGUUCACUAAAUUUCCAAAGUUUCAGCAAUGCAACUAUGGGAUUUGGAUUUGACCCUUAUCAUGCCGCUUCUGUUACCGCUACUGGACACCUAGAGAAUGGGACCGAACUUCGAAGUCCUACGAGUCCGUUAUUUUCUUCAGCUUCUUCUGCAGCGGGAAGUGCGACAUCUGGAUCACAAGCAGGACACCGAACUGUUUAUCUUGGAAACAUCCAUCCGGAUACUACAUGUGAAGAAAUUUGCAACGUUAUUCGAGGCGGUAUCCUUCAACAGAUUCGUUAUAUGUCAGAGAAGCAUAUAGCAUUCGUUACCUUUAUCGAUCCUAAUUCCGCAAAUACCUUCAUGUAUCUCGCACAGCAGACCGGGGUGGUAGUUAAGAAUCGCCGCCUCAAAGUUGGAUGGGGAAAAAAUCCAGGACCUUUACCAGCACACAUUCAAAUGGCUGUAAACACCCAAAGUGCCUCUCGUAAUGUUUAUGUUGGUCAACUAGAUGAAAGCAUGACCGAAGAAAAGCUUAGACGAGAUUUUUCCGAAUAUGGAGAAAUCGAAUUAGUAAAUAUUCUCAAGGAAAAAAGUUGUGGUUUUGUUAAUUUCACCUCUAUACUUUCUGCUAUUAAAGCGAUUGAAGGAAUUAAAACGAAAGAAGAAUAUAAAAAGUUUCGCAUUAAUUAUGGUAAAGAUCGAUGCGGUAAUCCUCCGAGGGGUAUUACUGUUGGUGGAAUUAAUAACGGUUCAGGAACCAAGACAAAUAAGGGACGUAAUAAUGGUGAAUCUGAUGCUCGAGUUCUACACGCAGGUGAUUCUGAAUCUGACGGUAGGAAUAUCGAUGCCGGGGAAGACGAUGGUGAUGUUGAUGACGAGUAA